GAGUUGCGCCGGGCGGGUGGGACCGGGCUGCGGAGAACCAGAGGGGCCUGGGAGCGGCGUCCAGCUCUUCCCCAGGUUCGCGGGUAGACACGGGCCACUAGGCUGCAGACCCCCGCCCGCCCAGACCUUUGGGCGACGGGACCGCGCGUGUCUUCUAGUCUUGGCCGGCGCAUCCGUCCCUAACACUUUGCCCCGGCGUAAAAGUCUUCAGACCCAGCCUCGUCCGCCCGUGUCCUGAGACCCUUGGACAGUGUAUAUACUGGGCAAAGCAGGAGGGUCAGAUUCGCCCAGUCCAGAACCACCCCACCCCACCCCUCCAGGCUUCCAUCCACUGGCCGAUCCCGGAACCCCAGGCUUCAGGCCUCAGUUUCCGGCCGACGCAGGCGAUCUGCGGCCCUAGCCCCCGGAAGCAUACUCGGAGGGCCGAGACACUGCCGGACCGGAGAUGGCGCCGCCGGCGGGCGGAGCAGCGGCGACCUCGGACCCGGGCUCUGCCACUCUGCUGCUGGCUGUGCACGCCGCCGUGAGGCCCCUGGCCGCCGGACCCGACGCCGAGGCGCAGCUGCGGAGGCUGCAUCUGAGCGCGGACCCCAAGAGGCCUGGGCGCUUCCGGCUGGAGCUACUAGGCGAAGGGCCCGGGGCGGUCAGUUUGGAGUGGCCCUUGGAGUCAAUCUCCUACACCAUCCGAGGUCCCAGCCAGCAUGAGCUGCAGCCUCCACCAGGAGGGCCUGGGACCCUAAGCCUGCACUUCCUCAACCCUCAGGAAGCUCAGCGGUGGGCAGCCCUGGUUCGAGGUGCCACCGUGGAGGGACAGAACGGCAGUGACAUCCUGCCUCCAGCCCUGGGCCCAGAAACAUGUCCUGUUUCCCCACUCAGUCCCCCUGAAGUGCAUACACCCAAGACUCCCCAAGCCAAGGUGGAUGUUCUGAGUCCUGGAGACUUGAUGGAGAAAGAAGAGCUGGCAGGGUGUCUGGCCCGGGCCAUUGAGGGUGGAGAUGAGAAGGGGGCAGCCCAAGCUGCAGCCAUCCUGGCCCAGCAUCAUGUGGCCCUCAGUGUCCAGCUCCAGGAGAGCUGCUUCCCUCCUGGUCCCAUCAGGCUACAGGUCACAGUUGAAGAUGCUGCAUCCUCUGCCCACGUCUCACUUCAGGUCCACCCCCACUGCACCAUCUCAGCCCUCCAGGAACAGGUAUUCUCGGAAUUUGGCUUCCCGCCAGCUGUGCAGCGCUGGGUCAUUGGGAAGUGCCUGUGUGUGCCCGAGCGCAGCCUCGCUUCCUAUGGGGUCUGGCAGGACAGGGACCCUGCUUUCCUUUAUCUGCUCUCAGCCCCCCAAGAAGCCCCAGGAUGCAGCCCUCAGUGCCCCCAGAAGAUGGAUGGGGAACUAGGCCACCUGUUUCCUCAGUCAUUGGGGCUGCUCCGAGCUCCUCAGCCAGCCAGCUCCAGCCUACCCAGCCCCCUUCAGCCCGGCUGGCCCUGCCCUUCCUGCACCUUUAUCAAUGCCCCAAGCCGGCCUGGCUGUGAGAUGUGUAGCACCCAGAGACCCUGCGCUUGGGACUCCCUUCCUGCAGCCUCUACCCAGCAGUCGCCAAUGGUCACGAGGAGAGAGGAUGGCCCUUCCCUUCCAGGACCGAGGUCCCUGGAUGCUCUCCUAAACCUCCCAGGGGACCUCCACUGACUGCUCCCUGGGGACAGAGCUGGGGGAGGAGUAAUAAGCCAGAGUCAUUAAAGAUACUUCUGAGCCAGC